AUGGGUCAUGAUGUGGAAAUACCAGCAAAGGGGAAUUUGGCAGUGCAGAUUGAUGAAAUGGAUGAGAAUUUAGCACACAAUGAUGAAAUGGGGGGGAAUUUGGCAGUAGUGACUCAGUCAGUCAUGGGAGCGACAAACAAUUAUGUUGACAUCCCAUUUACAAAUGAAAAUGAUGAUGUGGAAUUUUAUGAUGAGGACGAGAUUAAUGAGAUGCAUUAUGAUGAUGAACCUCCAACAAAUAAGGCUUCUUCAGAUGAUGGUGAACAUAUUAUGCCUUCCCCAAUGUUCAAACAAUUGAAUUGGGAUGCAAUAAAUAGCAUGACUGCUGAGCCUCUCACACCACGUACUGGAUUGUGGAAUGAAUCCAAUGAGUUGUUUAAAGGAUUGAGAUUUGAGAGUAAAGAAGACUUGCAAUAUGCUGUAAAACGUUAUGCAAUAUGUCGGAAUCAAUAUUUGGUGGUUUGUGAAUCAGAACCACAUUUGUGGGCAGUGAGAUGUAAGAAGUGGCAGGAAGGAUGUAAUUGGAGGCUUCGUGCAUGUCGUCGUAAAAGCCAUGGAAUGUUUGAGAUAACCAAGUACGCAGGUCCUCAUACUUGUGUUUACCCUAAAUUAUCACAAGACCACUCUCAAUUGGACUCUACAUUGAUUGCAAGAGAGAUCCAAAAUGUAGUUCAGAGGGAUCACACUACCUCUAUUGCUACAUUACACCAGAUAGUGAAGGAUAAAUUUGGAGAUGAUGUCCAUUAUAGGAGAAUUUGGGAAGCUAAGAGAAAAGCAAUGCUUAGAGUUUUUGGUGAUUGGGAUGAAUCUUAUCAAGCAUUGCCGAAGUGGAUGAACAUCCUUCAGCUAACUAAUCCUGGAACAAAGAUUGUUUGGAAGACAAUACUUUUAAGAGGGAUUUCUGGGAACAUGCGGUUUAUGCCUGUUUUUUGGGCAUUUGGGGCAAGUGUUGAAGGGUUCAAGCAUUGCAGACCAAUUAUACAAAUUGAUGGUACAUUCCUAUAUGGAAAAUACAUGGGGAAGCUUUUAAUUGCCACUUCAAUUGAUGGAAAUGGUCAUGUAUUCCCCCUUGCAUUUGCAAUUGUUGAGGAAGAAUCACAGGAUAGUUGGUCUUGGUUUCUUAUUGCAUUGAGGCAUCACGUCACUCAAAGAGAAGGGAUAUGCUUAAUUUCAGAUCGCCAUGCAGGAAUAAAUGCUGCUGUUAGAAAUCCAUCAGUUGGAUGGAGCCCCCCUCAUGUGCAACAUCAAUACUGUCUUAGGCAUGUAGUGAGCAAUUUUAAUGACAAAUUUAAGAAUAAGGUCUUAAAAGAGUUGGCGUAUAGAGCUGGAUGUCAACAUCAACCGCGGAAGUAUGAGAGAUACAUGGAGGAGUUAAAACGAUUGGAUGAAAAAAGUGUGGCUUGGUUUUCAAAGUUAGACACUCAAAAGUGGACUCAAGCAUAUGAUCUAGGAUAUCGGUAUGAGUGGUUGACCACAAAUAUUGCUGAGUGCAUUAAUGGGGUGCUUAAGAGAGCGCGAAUGUUACCUAUCACUGCACUUGUUCAAUUAACUUUUUAUCGAUGUGUGUCAUACUUUGAGACUCGUAGAGCAAAGAUACGUGCUAGAAUGGCAGUUGGAGAUGUCUACACUGCGUAUGCAAUUAAAAAAUUUAGAAGAGCCGAGGCCAAAGCUUGUGGACACACUGUCACCAUUUUCCAUCGAAUUCAUGAAACAUUUGAAGUAAUUACUGCUCUCCAUGGGUUUCAUAUGGAUAAAGGACGUAACAAAUAA